GACCGUGGACGAUUGACUUCCGGGUCACAGCAAGUAGGGUCCAAACGUGUACUUUGACUUGUACUACCACAGUACUACAGUAGUGUCUUCUACCUGCGGUGUUAAGUAAGCAAGCAUGCUUACUUAACACCGCCGAAAGUGCUGACGUGUGUAUAAGAACAUUAUGUUCUCCUGAGAGGUGACUUACAUAUAUUCAUGUAAUACACGCAGUAGGUGUAAGAUUACAACACAAUCGUCGAGAGUAAAAAUGGACAAAACUGUCAGCCUCCUCGAUCAACCUGACAAAACCACCAAAGUGGUUCUGGUAGAGAGCAGUAGUAGUCCUGGAGGAGUGCAACUGGUCAGUGCUUAUCAGACUACAAGAGUCGGGGAUGCUAUGGAUUUAGUAGCUCUGGCAUCACAAGUACAAAAGGGAGAUGAUUUUAUUAAAGCCAAUGCUUGCAACAAACUGUCAGUGAUUGCUGAGCACAUCAGAUAUCUUCAAGAACAAGCUAGAAAGGUGUUGGAAGAAGCCAAGAGGGAUGCAGAGCUGCAUCAUGCUGCGUGUAACAUCGUAAAGAAAGCAGGAAACAUGUACUACCUCUACCAGCGACCGUCUGGACAAAAGUACUUUUCCAUCAUUUCCCCGAAGGAAUGGGGCCCGAGUUGUCCUCACCAGUUUGUGGGAGCGUUCAAACUGCAACACGACAUGUCUUGGACUCCUGAAGAUGGCGUGCAGAAAAGAGACGCAGAGAACGCCAUCAUGGACAAACUCCUCAGCCAGCAGGCGGCAUUACCGUCUCACCUGGAACCCAACUUCAGAAGUCUCACUGAUAUAGCCAAAUAAACAUUUAUAUGUAUAUAAUUAUUAUUAUUACUAUUAUAUACAGAUAUAAGAACGCCACAACAUCUGAUAAUUUAAUAAUACUUUCAUUGUUUCACAGUACUGGUAUUUUGCAGUUUGCUUCAGCUGGGUUUGGGAUGAACAUUGAAUUAAACAUAAUAAAAAUAUAAUAAUUUG